AUGGGCUUGACGGGCUACGGCAGCGUUGCCGGUAUUCUGGGCAAGGACUGGGCGAGCAGGCGCUCCACGAUAAGCACGCAAGAUCGCGUGUGCGGCGUCGAGCUCCAUGGCGUCAUCCACAGGUUUCUGUGGAGGCGUGACAGGACAUCACUACGGCAGCAUAUGCAGAAUCCAGCAUGCAACCAGCUGAGCCAGGCGUGCUGUGCCCGAAUCACCGGCCGAAUCGUGCGACACGUCCAGACUCUCACCAAGAUGUUCCGGCGCGUCAUCAUCGUCGACGAGACCCCGACGGCGUACAAGCUGCGGGACUCGGGAACCCCAAGCUGCUUGGUGAGACAGCUGCGCGCCGCCAUCGAGCAGAAGACCAGCGCCGAGUUCACAACCGCACCGGGCGAGGCCGACCACCAGCUAGCAGCAAUGCUCCGUCGCAAGGAGAUACACGUCGCGCUGUUCCCCUCGUCAGACAGUGACAUGCUGCUGCACGACGCAGGGGAUGGCAUCAUCGUAUUCCGCCACACACUGCAGCGCAAGGCGGGUCGCGUGGGGCUUCGUGGCGUCUGCAUUCGCAAACGUCACAAGCUUUGCAUGGCAGAUGGCAUCGUGGCGAUCUUGGCGGGCUGCGAUGUCUUCAAACGCGCCGGUGUUGCACGGAAGCGGGCGCAAGCGUUGUUUGAGGCCGCAAUGGCGGCGGAGGCGGCCGCUGCUGCCACGGCCGACACCACUACCACCACAGCCACAGCCACAGCUGACACAACCGCCGACACCACCGCCGAUACCACCGCUGCUGCCACUACCGACACCACCACCGACACCACAGCCACGGCGGCCACCACCGCCGACACCACAGCCCCAGCCCCGCCACAGCCAACCGGCUGGGACGGCGACUUCAUCGCCGGUGCCGUCGCCUUCUUCUGCGGACCGGUGCGCCUCGACGGCCGGGAGCAGAUGCUGGCGCCGAUGCCGGACAACUUCAGCACCCUACGGCCGCCCCUGAACCAGGACAACGACCCACAUCAACACUGCGUCCCAGGGCGAGCAAGGGUGAUGAAGAAGAUGAGCAGGCGGACAGGCAAGCGGGUCUUCAGGCGGAUCAGCAAGCAGAUCCACCCAAGCAUGCAGCUUGCCCAAGAGUCCCCCCGUGUCCCCCAGCGCGUGCAAGAGCGCGAGGCAGGCAAGCAGGUUCAGACCCGAGCGCAGACGAAGGAGCAGGAGAAGCAGAGGGCGGAGACGCACGUGGCGGGCGGGAAGAAGAAGAAGGAUGACAAGGAAAAGAAGAAGAAGAGGAACACGAAGAAGAAGGAUACCGCAAGUGUGGACGGCGGGGAUGAUGCCCGCUCGUUCUUCUGGCACGCGGAUACAGCUGCAGUUAUACCAGAGCCCGCGUCACCAGCAAUCCCCGAAGCCAAGGCCGAGACACCCGUGCAGCUGCAGCACCAGUGGGGGCUUGUCAGUGUCGUGCCCCAUGGCCCCGACACGACGGCACCUUGUCUGUCAGACAAGAUCAUUGCCGCCCACAAGAAGCGUCAGGAGAAGAAGGCAAAGGAGAAGGCUGAGAAACGGGCGAAGCAGCAGGCCGCGAAGCAACAACAAGAACAACAAGAACAACAACAACAAGAACAAGAACAACAACAACAACAACAACAACAACAACAACAACAACAACAACAACAACAACAACAACAACAACAACAACAACAACAACAACAACAACAACAACAGCAGCAGCAGCACCAGCUGCAGCAGCAGCAGUAG